CUCGGCGCAACAAUUGCAUCCGAAUUAGUCACUUUCGCCGGCUGCUAUGGAGCAUACACGUGAGAUACUGACCUUCCAGUUUGGAACCUACGCCAACUAUGUGGGCGCCCACUUCUGGAACCAGCAGGAGGCAAACUUCAGGUACGGCGACGAAAGCGACCAGGUGGCCGAGGAGCAGCUGCCCCACAAUGACAUCCUCUACCGGGAGGGCUUGAACGACUAUAAUCGCACCACCUACACGCCGCGGCUGCUGUCUGUGGACUUGGCCGGCACCCUGGCACACCUCCCCGUCGCUGGCGAGCUGUACGGUAAUUUUGUGCAGCGGGAUGAAGAGCUGCUGCCUUUGGGCACCGGCGAGAAGCUGCAAAAGGCUCGCCAGCUGGCCGAGGAGAGCGGUGUGUCGGCCUCCGAACAGCUAGACGUGGUGGAGCAGCCACAGGCGGCGAUUUCCGAGUACCAGCGAGAUUUGCUGAAGAACGCCGUGGUGCCCGAGAAGAACUAUCAGCUGGCAGAGACGGUGAGCAGUUGGGCGGACUUUCUGUACGCGCGCUACCAUCCGCGCACGCUGAAUAUACUGCCUGGACUGGUUAGGGAUCCGGCCGUGCAGUGCCUGGGCACAUAUUCCGCUGGCACGGAACUCUGGCAGGGCGCCGCCUUCAACGAUGACUUCUGCGAUCGCAUCCGCUUGUAUGUGGAGGAGUGUGACGGCCUGCAGGGCUUCCAUAUGCUGCACGACAUUGAUGACGGCUUCGCUGGCCUGGCCGGGAAGUGUCUGGAGCAUCUGAACGACGAGUACGGCCGUGCGAGCUUUGUUGUGCCGCUUCACUAUCCCCGGAUCACAUCCUAUGCCCAAGCAGAUUCCCGGCUGUCUCACGGCAUACGGGUAGUAAACAGUGUGCUGAGCUACCACCAUCUCAGCGAGCAGGCCACUAUGUUUACGCCGCUGUCCACGCUGGAGACAAUUUGGCGCAACAACGAUCUCAAGUCGCGGCGUUUUGAGGGUCUGCAUUGGCAGGCGGAUAAUCUCUACCAGACGUCGGCCCUGCUGGCCGCUUUCCUGGACACAGCCACUCUAGGCUAUCGGCUGCGUGGCACGCCCCAAUCCCUGCGCCUUUUCUGCGGGGCAGUGUCGCCCGCGGGCAGAAAAAUGACGGCCGCAGGGAUGGCUUUACCUUUCGGGCUGAGGGAGGGCCAGGAUCUGAUCGAGUUUCUGGAUCAAAGUGGCGGCCAAGCGCUGCUCACCCAGCUGACGCCGGGUUGUGAGCCAGGCGCUUCGUAUGUUGUCCAAUCGGUGACAGCUCGCGGCAUUCCCGCCGAGCGUUUGAAACGGCCCCGAGAGCUGGCCGGUGAUCAGCUUCGGAUGGCUGCCUACGGUUGCGACAGUGUCUCCCAAAUGCUGCAGCUUUACUACCAGUGCAGCUAUCAUGGGAGUGUGACCAAUGCGGCAGCCACUCCCCUGCCCCUGAAGACACAGUUACCGUUUCCGUAUGAGGUCUUUGGUGCCGCCUUUAGCGGCAGCGGCCUCCGGCUGCCUGGCGAAGCGGAACGCGAGGCGGGUACCCGUGUGGAUUGUGCGCCCGUGCUGGCCGCGCUGCAGAACUCAACGCAUCUGGGCGAGCACCUGGACAACCUGCACGCACAGACGCAUCGCGUGCAGCUGGCCAAGCUGCAGGCCUACUCGAAUUCCGGUUUGGAACGUGAUGAGUAUGAGACUGCGUUGGAUCAGCUGCUGGAAUUCCGUGACCUGUACGCGGACUCACAGUUUCUGUAGAGAUCUGGGGGACGAAGGGAAUCUACUGUGAUUUGUGGAUAAGCAAUAGGUUAAUGCACACAAUAAACACUUGUGUAUACACAUAACAAUCUCUCAUAAACCGAGCAUUAAUGCCAUCAAUUAUAUAAACAGGAUAAAGCACCGAA